CGUCAUAGUCAUCAGACGCCAUAUUCCUGGCUAGCCGUUCACUUUUCUUACCAACCUCUCGCGUUGCGUAUUUCUUUCCGCCCGAUAGUUUUAGUAAAACUCAGUCAACCUGGAGGACAUGGUGAAAAAUGAAUUCGAGGUCUCGAAAGAGCCGGAACAUUUUAGAAAGAUUUUCAUAGGAGGCCUCGAUUAUCGGACGACGGACGAGUCUCUCCAGAAGCAUUUCGAGCAAUGGGGAACCAUCGUGGACGUCGUCGUCAUGAAAGACCCCAAGACGAAAAGGUCAAGAGGAUUUGGUUUUAUCACCUAUUCUCAUGGGCACAUGGUUGAUGAUGCUCAGAACAACAGGCCUCAUAAAAUUGAUGGAAGAACUGUUGAAACUAAACGAGCUGUUCCAAGAAACGUAAGUGUUUCAGUUGCUCCAAAUAAAGACAUUGGCAGGCCGGAAGCUGGAGCAACUGUGAAGAAAAUUUUUAUCGGAGGAUUGAAAGAUGAAAUUAACGAAGAUGAUUUGAAGCAUUAUUUUGGAGAUUUUGGCCAAGUCUCCAAUGUUGCCAUCAUUGUGGAUCGUGACACUGGAAAGAAAAGGGGUUUCGGCUUUGUAGAAUUCGAUGAUUAUGAUGCAGUAGACAAAAUUUGCUUACAAGGCUCGCACAUAAUCAACGGAAAGAGGAUUGAUGUGAAAAAGGCAAUUGGGAAAGACUCAGGAAAAGGAGAUCGUGGAGACAGGGGUUCCGAAAGGACAAGCAGAGGACCCAGAGGCUCUGGUGGUAGCUGGGGAGGUUCUCGUGGCAGUGACCGCAGUGGUAACUGGGGUAAUGGAAACCAACCAUGGGGUGGUUCUGGCGGUCCAUGGGAAAACUCCAACCAAGGUGGAUGGAGUGGAGGCAGCGGUGGUAAUCAAGGCGCCUGGGAUAGUAACGGUAGUGGGAACUUUGGUGGAGGCUACCAACAAAAUUACAGCGGUGGUCCAGUCAGAACGACUGGAUUCAACAGGCCCGCUCCUUACUCCGUGAAUAAAUUAGGUGGCGGAGGUGGUGGACAAGGAGGAGGAGACUGGGAUAACAAUGGCUACCAAAGCAGUGGCGGUGGUAGUGGAUACAGCAGCAGACCAAACCGAAACACAGGCUCUAGUUAUGGCGGUGGCCGGUCUGGAGGAUAUUCUGGUGGUGGCGGCGGCGGCGGCGGUGGAUAUGGAGGAGGCCAAAGAAGGUACUAAGUACUAAGGAAGAACUAAUGACUUCCGAAUUUGAUGUGGCUAGGAUGAGUUAGUGAUGAUGGCAGGCGUAUUGACUAGACAGGAAGGCUAAAACCCAGAAGGUGUUCAAGUUAGGACCAGGAUAGGAAAGUCACACAAAUUAGGAUAGUUAUUACUCUGCUUACAACAAUAUAUAUACAUAUUAUAUAUAAUUCAUAUUGGUUUGUAUAGUAAAAAAAAUUAUUUUGUGACAAGAGGGCUUGCAUUUUUAUUUAUUUUCUUACUGUGCUGUUUUUAUUUAUAUAUACAUAUAUAUACUUUAAAAUAUAUUGAAUUUUGAAAUAAUAAAUAAUCAGAACAUUAAGAUUUAUUUAAUCUUAAGUUUGUCAAGUGUAGGAUUAAAUGUUUUUAACUAAUUCAAUUUAAAUUUUAAAUUAUGAUUUAAUGGACACACAUUGUAGGGAAACGCUUUUUAGACAUUUAGAGAUUUUUGUAGCACGUGAUUUUAUAAUAAUAUGGAUAAUAACAAUGUUUUUUGUACUUGUUUCAUUUGAUAAUUAAUUAAAUGUAAUUUAGACAUUCUAUUAGGUAUUAUUAUUCUUCUCCAUUUCAUUAGAUUUAAAUCCUGUCUUAGUUUUCACAUGUUCUUUUAAAAGGAGAGAGAGGGAUUGCUAAAAUUUGCAAAAUACUCAGCUCGAUUAUUAUCUCCACUAAUUUUUGUUAUUUAACGAACAGCAAGAGUGCCUCUCAGAUUUUCUCCUGUUUCAUGUAAAUAUAAUAACUGAAAAUAUUCGAUCCAUCUUUUAACACAAAUAAACAGACAGAUUUUCUUCAAUGUUUUGGAUUAACAUUGUCUAUUUUGUGUUUUGUUUCAUUACACAUCUCCAAAACAACUGAUUCUGGGGAAACCUGCCAAAUACAAAUGGAGGUAAGAUUUCUACGAAUAAACUGAAAUUUUUAAAAAACUUUA